GCCUCUUUCUCCGACUGCACUAGGACAGAUUUAUGCUGCAGCUUUUUUUUUUAUUCAUGAACACCCGUCCACCCUGCAGGACCCCUCUAGGACGGCGUGGCCGCCUCAAUGAAGUGUGAAGACGACAUGGGAUGCCCCGUGUACCCGAGAUGAGCGAUGAUUUGGUCCAAAUAAUCACUUCUUUUUGUCGCCAGAGAGGGAAACUUAAAACCAGGCUUGUUUUUGGAGUUCCACCUCCCCUCCUCUCUCCCCGUAGGAUUUGAUUCAAAGGCGAAAACCAAGAUGGCCGCCGACUCCGUGCAGGGGGAUGCCAGGGGCCAGCUGGUGGCGGAGCGACUGGGUCUGGGACACAACCUGGACCUGUCUGACACAAUGGUUCAACAGAAGCUGGACGAGAUCAAAGAGCAGAUCCGCCGCGAGAUCCGCAAAGAGCUGAAAAUCAAAGAAGGUGCCGAGAACCUGCGAAAGGUCACCACAGACAAGAAGAGCCUGGCUUAUGUCGACAACAUGCUGAAAAAAUCCAACAAGAAGGUGGAGGAGCUUCACCAGGAGCUGCAAGAGCUCAACGCCCACAUUGUGGUCAAAGACCCUGAAGAACUGCUAGAAUGCCCUUUGACCCCAGAUACUCCCAACAGUGAGGCGAGACUGUGCACCAGCAGCAGCCGCCUCGCUGCCCUGAAAAGACAGAAUGACAUCGAGCUAAAGGUGAAACAGGGGGCCGAGAACAUGAUUCUGAUGUACUCCAACGGGCCCUCCAAGGAUCGUAAGUUGCUAGCGACUGCCCAGCAGAUGCUUCAGGACAGCAAGACAAAGAUAGAAUUCAUCAGGAUGCAGAUCCUGAAGGCCAGCCAGGCCAGCGAGUUGAGCUUCGAGAACAACGAUGUGAUGGACAAGCCCAUCAUCAGCCCGUUGGACCUUCGGGUGGAGGAGCUGUGUCACCACGCCAAGAUAGAAUCCGCUGUGGCAGAGGGAGCCAAGAACGUCAUGAAACUCCUGGGCUCGGGAAAAGUCACUGAAAAGAAAGCUCAUUCAGAGGCCCAGGCUCGUUUUAAUGAGUCCAGUCAAAAGCUUGACCUCCUCCGAUAUUCCUUGGAGCAACGCCUCAAUGAGUUGCCUAAAAACCACCCUCGCAGCAGCAGCAUCGUGGAAGAGCUUUCCCUGCUGGCGUCACCGGUCCUCAGUCCCCGAUCCAGCAUCAUCUCCACGCAGAACCAGUACAGCACCGUGACUAAGCCCGCUGCCCUCACAGGCACGUUAGACGUCAGGCUCAUGGGCUGUCAGGACCUUCUGGAGAAUGUCCCAGGACGUUCCAAAGCUGCAUCUGUUCCGCUGCCUGGUUGGAGCCCCAGCGAGACGCGCUCAUCCUUCAUUAGCCGAGCGAACCGAAACCGCGGUGUGAGCUCCCGGAACCUGACAAAGAGCGAGGAGCUCUCCAAUGAGAUCAGCGCAGUGUUGAAGCUGGACAACACGGUAGUUGGCCAAACAAGCUGGAGGUCGGUCAGUAACCAGUCCUGGGACCAGAAGUUUACAUUGGAGCUGGACCGGUCUCGUGAGCUGGAGAUCUCGGUGUACUGGCGUGACUGGCGUUCGCUCUGUGCUGUCAAGUUCCUGCGACUGGAGGACUUCCUGGACAACCAGCGUCACGGGAUGUGUCUGUACCUGGAGCCACAGGGGAUGCUGUUUGCUGAGGUAACAUUUUUCAAUCCCGUCAUUGAGAGACGACCAAAGCUGCAAAGACAAAAGAAGAUUUUCUCAAAGCAGCAAGGUAAAACCUUCCUGCGAGCCCCUCAGAUGAACAUCAACAUCGCCACCUGGGGCCGCCUGGUGAGAAGAGCCAUACCCACCGUCAGCACCAACUCCUUCAGCCCGCAGGCGGUGGAGACUGGGCCCAGCAGCCUGCCUGGUUCACCCACACCCAGCAGUGACCCACUGGUGACCAAGCUGGACUUUGACAAAGAGCCCACCCCAGGGCCCAAACAUUACCCAGCAGCUGAUGACAUCCGAGAACCACUGGUGCAGGACAAGAUUCCCGACAAGGAGGAAGUACAGGACGCACUCGCCUCGUUCGAUUUCUUAAACAAGAGGAACAGCAUGGCGGUGAAGGCAGACCUGGACCGAGCGGUGGAGCAGGAGAUGCAGCAUCCGGACCUGGAGCUCAUUGCCAUCCAGAAAGACACAGAGAUAAGGGAAGAAGAGCAGUUCCACUUCAGUCUCCAAGACUUCAAAUGUGUAGCAGUCCUUGGACGGGGUCACUUUGGAAAGGUGUUGUUGGCAGAAUAUAAAAGCACCGGAGAGAUGUUUGCUAUCAAAGCGCUGAAGAAAGGAGACAUUGUGGCUCGCGAUGAGGUGGACAGUCUGAUGUGCGAGAAGAGGAUUUUCGAGGCGGUGAACAGCGUCCGCCACCCGUUCCUGGUCAACCUGUUUGCAUGUUUCCAGACGCAGGAGCACGUGUGUUUUGUGAUGGAGUACGCGGCCGGAGGCGACCUGAUGAUGCACAUCCACGCUGAUGUUUUCUCCGAGCCCCGGGCCAUAUUUUACGCCGCCUGCGUGGUAUUGGGAUUACAGUUCUUACAUGACCAUAAGAUUGUGUACAGAGAUUUGAAGCUGGAUAACCUGCUGCUGGAUACAGAGGGCUAUGUUAAGAUCGCUGACUUUGGGCUUUGCAAAGAAGGAAUGGGUUUCAGGGACCGCACCAGCACAUUUUGUGGCACGCCAGAGUUCCUAGCUCCUGAGGUGCUGACCGAAACGUCGUACACUCGCGCUGUGGACUGGUGGGGGCUGGGCGUCCUCAUCUUUGAGAUGCUGGUGGGGGAGUCGCCCUUCCCCGGUGACGAUGAGGAGGAGGUGUUUGACAGCAUCGUCAACGACGAAGUGCGCUACCCACGGUUCCUCUCCACCGAGGCCAUCUCCAUCAUGAGGAGGCUUCUGAGGAGGAGUCCAGAACGACGACUGGGGGCAGGAGAAAGGGACGCGGAGGAAGUUAAGAAACAUCUAUUCUUCAGGAACAUGGAUUGGAACGGACUGUUGGCUAAGAAGGUGAAGCCGCCCUUCGUGCCGACUAUCCAGGGCGCCAAUGACGUGAGCAAUUUCGACGAUGAAUUUACCUCAGAGGCUCCGAUCUUAACCCCGCCCCGGGAACCGCGAGCGCUGAACUCCGAUGAGCAGAACAUGUUCUCUGACUUUGAUUACAUCGCCGACUGGUGUUAGCUUAGUCCAGCCCCGCAUCCACACACCCACACCCACACCCACACCCACACACACACACACUGUGAACCAACCAACACAGCGAUGACUGUAGCUCACAUCAAUUUUUUAAACUUUCCUCUUCCUUGCUCAAAACGUUGAGGAGGAGCAACAAGCGCCUUCGGGCCAAAAAAAAACUUCUGUGCCAUGAAAAAAGGGAAGAAAGACCAGACGCCUCCCGUGGACCCCCAUUUAUUUUUUAAUCCACAUGAAGAACGUUCUUUUUUUUUUUUUUUUUAAAGAAAACAAAGAAACUCGUUGUUGGAGAGUGAAGGAGGGGUGCUUUGUCCUCCUGCACACGCCGUCACCGUGUCCAUUGUCUGACCACUGAGAAUGUUUUUCAUGUGAACUCUGAGAAGACGCCAACAUCACAAUCAUGUUAUUCAGUGUCACUGUCUUCAGUUUCUCCCCCCCCCCAAUCUGUACAGAUUAUAUUCAGUCGUAUAUUUUAUUGUCUUUUUUUUCCUUUUAUUGGCAAAGCCCUCGCCAUAGCUUAAGGACAUUUUAUCUCACUGUAAAGUUUGACAUUUGGGCCAGGUGUUCAGUGAAGUAGAAGUGCUCAAAGCAUUCUCACUGAGCGUCACCUCCAACCAACAUCCGACUACUACUGCUGCUGCUUCUUGACUUGAACUCAGUCUUCACACUACAGACCAUGAUCUUUUCUUACUUUUGAUUCCAUGUCUACAUUCAACAUACAUAAUUAAUUAUGAUAAUAAUAUUACUCUUAAUAUCAAACCUCAGUCCAUCCAGUGUAAAUGCUACAUUAGCUGUUAAAUUAACCAUCACUUAGUUUUAUUUGGAAGCCAACAUUGUAAAAAUGCCUUCUGGCCCAGAGUAUUUAUGCAAAAAAUACAAAAAAAAAAAGAAUAAUCUUUUGUCUGGUGCCCUCAAGUGGCUUUGUAGAUAUUCAGCUAAACUCUGUUCUAAAGAUAAAAGUUCUACUUGGGGAUUUCUUUAAAAAAAAAAUUAUAAAACCUUUAUUUAUCCAGGUAAGUCAACCGAGGGCAAAUUCUGAUUUGCAAUACCGACCUGUCACAUUCACAGUUUGACAUUCCGACCUGGAAGCUGCCCAGCACAACCAGUCUGAUCUGCUGGCCACUCAGCAGCUCCACUGGAGUUGGGGGGUAAGGGCCUUGCUCAAGGGCACCUCAGUGGGGGUGAUGAGGGAGGGACAAGUGCUGCUCUUUCACUUUCCCCAGCCACAAUUAACGGUAGUAUCUUUUGGAGCAAUAAGAUCAAACAUUAAAUUACGUUUUCAGAGCUGAGUUCAGUUGGAUUUUUUUAUUUUUUUUUCUUGCUCAAUGAACAGCUGUUUGUGGUGAACCUGACAUCAUUUUCCUGGUUACCUCAGUCAAAGUGAAAACACUAAUGAAUCACACAGUUAAAAGCUACAGAAACCAAAUUCAUCCUGUCCCCCUUGAAGCAGCAGACAAACAACUCCUCAUUGUUAAAAACCUCAAACCUGAUUGAUGGACUGACAGAAAAAAAAAAAAAUGUUAAUCCAUAAGACAAGUACUGAACUGGUUUGAUCUGGGAACGUGAAACUCCAUUACUCCAGGUGUUUGUCAAAAUGACCUUUAAAUGCUUCUCACACUGUUCUGUGAUCAGUUACAUUCUGGAACAGUGGAACCAGCUCGUGACUGUCAAUUUGCAUGUUCUAUAUAAACUGACUCAAAUGUUGGAGACCUGUUGAUAUGAAAUCACUACAGGGGAGGGCAGGGUAUAUUAUAUAUACAUACUGUAUGUACACAAUUAAGCUGAAAGCACUAAUUUUAUCAAUAGUUUUAAUUAUCUACCUUUCUUAAUGAUGAAAAUAGAUUGUACAAAGUUGUUUUUUUUAUUCUUUGCCUGUGCAUGUUGUUGCCAGAACAGACAAAAACUUUAUGGAUGGUACACCAGCACUCAAGUCCCACAUGUUGCAGAUCCCCCCGGUGUAAAAAUACAGGCAUUUCUGCAGUUGUUGCCCAUCAUGAAUGCACACAUUAAACAUUUGUAAUAGUG